GUUCUGACUGAGCUGCUGCUGUCACUGUGAAGCAGGACAGCUCUUCAUCGGCGCUCUCCAUCAGCUCCACCAGCUCCACCAAAGGACGAGAGACUAAUUUACCUGCAAAUGGCCCCCCAGUGGCUGAGCUGCAGUACUGCUGUGCUGCUGCUUUUGGUUCAUGUUGCCCCAGUCGUCACGCAGUCUUGCGCCGGGGGACCUCCAGGGAUUCCUGGGAUACCGGGCACCCAUGGAGACAACGGCAUAGACGGUGUAAAAGGAGACAAGGGAGAACCUGGUGAGACAAGUCACCCUGUCAAGGGCAAUAAAGGGGUGUUAGGUAUACGAGGCCCCCCAGGACGACCUGGGAUGAAGGGGGACACAGGUCUGCCGGGGGCUCCUGGCCAGGUGGGCCGUCCAGGGCUGAAGGGAAGGUCCUUCAAUCCCACCUAUCAGCAGUCAUCCUUCUUCUCCCUAAAACGGAUACUACCAAGUGCCCCAAACCCUGACACUCCCAUCGACUUCAACAGCCCGAUUCUGCCGGACCUGGAUAAACAGUUUCAAGGAGAAUCGCUGACAAACCAAACUUUCCGGUGUACCAUCAAAGGAGUCUAUUUCUUCAGCUACCACAUUUCAGCUAAGUCCAAGGUGUGUAUGAAGCUGGUGAAGGGAAGUGAAACCCACAUGCCACAGUGUGACACGUUUGAUGGAUUCCUGGUCACCUCGGGCUCGGCGGUCCUGGAGUUGAAUGUCGGAGAUGAAGUAUCACUGCAUGCGGCCAGGCUCAGCAACAUCGUGACGAGCCAGAGCAGCACCAGCCACAUCUUCAGCGGCUUCCUGAUCUUCCCAACCGACUAGAGCUCCAGCCGCUGAUCCUUACAAUCAUUAAUAAAGUCACAGAUGUUUUGGGACAUUCACAGCAACUAAAUGAACAUGUGGUGUUUUCUGUAAUAGUGCAGAGAUCAUCAGAAUUAAUAAAGGCUGGCUCAAUUAUAGCACUGCUUACUCUCUCUUAGCCUCUUAGCUACAUAUUGUGUGUACUUUAAAUGACUGAGGUGCAUUUUUCAAAACAUUUCUGAUUGAAUCCCAACUUUCCAACAGCCUUAGGUUUGAGGUUAUUUCAGUAGAGUAAAUCCAGUUUAAUUCAUCAUCAUUUUAUUGGUCACAUUGCACUUUAGGUUCCUCUAUUUAGUAUUUAAAAGCAGUAUAUAAAUUGAAUAAACUAAUACAUAAUUUAGGCCUAUAAUGUCAUUGUUUGUAAAGUGUUUAUUAAUGUAUUUGUCUCAUACAUGGAGGCCUGAUGUAUACACAGAUAAUAAUUGUUGUACAUUAAUAAACACUUCAAUUAUAUCUGUGCACAACUACAUUAUAGUGUGAUAUAAACUAGUUACUAAAUGUUCAUUAUACUGCUUAUGCAUGCUAAAUAUGGAAACUUGCUUCAUUUAAAAAUCUUCUAUUGUGCAUCCCCAAUAAACAUCAAGUUUUAUAACCAUGAAAUUA